CUACAUCCUGCGUUUUUCAUAGCACUAUGGAUUGCUAUGAGUUCUCUGGUCAUCCUCUUCAACAAAUGGAUGCUCGACAAAGCCAAAUUCAGAUACCCGAUUUUCCUUACCUCAUGGCAUAUGUUCUCAUCUGCUUUGGUAACGCAAUUCAUGGCCCGCUAUACUGGAUACCUCGAUUCUCGCCAUAAAGUUCCCAUGACGAAACGAACAUAUAUGCGCGCUAUUGUCCCUAUCGGUUUAUUUUUCUCGCUCUCCCUGGUUUGCGGCAAUGUUACGUACCUCUACCUGAGCGUCAGCUUUGUGCAGAUGCUCAAGGCCGCAGGACCUAUUGCUGUACUCCUAGCUACCUGGAUGUUCCGCCUUGCCGAGCCUUCGCUGGCUGCUUUUGGAAACAUCUGUAUUAUCACUGUUGGUGUGGUCAUUUCUUCCCUGGGCGAAGUCCAAUUCAACGUUCUCGGUGUCGCAUACCAACUUCUGGGUAUUGUGUUCGAAGCCACUCGUCUGGUCAUGAUCCAGCGAUUGUUGUCUGCAGAGUUUAAGAUGGAUCCUCUGGUUUCGCUUUAUUACUUUGCUCCUGUGUGUGCUGUUACAAACGGCGUUCUGGCUUUGAUCUUCGAGGCUCCACACAUGACUUGGGCAGACUUUGAGCGUGUGGGUGUGUUUAUGCUGCUUUUGAAUGCAGCAGCAGCUUUCUUGCUCAACUUUGCUUCAUUGCUUCUGAUUGGCAAGACCUCUUCUCUUGUCCUCACCCUCAGCGGUGUGUUCAAAAACAUCAUGAUCGUCUUUGCCUCUAUGCUCUUCUACAACGACAAAGUCACCAGCAUCCAAUUCAUGGGCUUCUCAAUCGCUCUAGGUGGAUUGGCUUACUACCAACUCGGAGGUGCACCUGCUGUGCGUGGUCUUUGCUCUCAAGCCGUGGCCAGGUUCUCGGACUACAGGAGACCUAGUGAAGCA